AUCGGAAGAGGAAAAAGCUUUCCUGGUGACUGGCUACCCGAUGCUCUGCUCUGUGCUACCGGUUUUUAAUGGCAGGCUGUGCCUGGUAGGGAAGUCUUAGAGCUGGUGUGUGGAUCCUCUACUGACCAUGGUGGGGAGAGAAUGCGACACAGACCUUCCGCUGCCCACUGCUACGUAAGGUGUGAUGCAGUCUGUAGCAGUCUGUUUACAGUGUGUUAGAACUCAGGGGUGUUACUGCGAGCCCCUGGAGUAAACCUGCAUAUGAGCAAUUUUAGCAAGGAAAGAAAUCAUUCAGAGCUCCAGGGAGAAACCUUCUAUGCACAGAGGUCAAAAGAGUCUCUGCUGCUUGAUGAGCCAUGUCAGUUUCUUCAUAACCAGUGGCAACAAACUUUAACAAUUUUCUCACCAAUGAAAGAAGCUGUAAUCAAAGUCUUUAUGGGUCAACAGUUUGGAAGCCAGGCUGAGACUUUAUUUUCCAUGUGCACAUCUGAGUGUUGAAGCCAAGUGCUCCAUAGAUUGUGCCAAGAGGAAAGCAGUGUGAAACAUCCACAUGUAUUACUUUGCUGCCUGCUGUUCCCUUCCUCAGCUGGAUGCUUCCCUCAUCCCAGGAGACCAAAUCUGUUCUCAGAGCUGAGCUGAGGACUAUCCCAAUCGCAAAGGGGGAGAAAAAAAGGGGGAAAACCCAACAACAACAAGCAACCCCCAGCACACCCCAUUCCUGCCACCCUUUGACAUGCAACCUUCCUUGGGAUGGGACAAGCUGGGAUGCAGCUGCAGCUUUGGAAGGAAUUGGGGGAAAUUGGGGAUCUUUGCUCUCAUGACGGUGGAAGCGAGCUCCUGGAGCCGGGUGCUGCUGCUCUCCGUGGGGCUGCUGGCUGCCUCAGCGACCGCCCAGAACUGCAGUCACAUUUUGCAUGGCCCAAAUGGGACAAUACAGAGUCCAGGCUUUCCGUAUGGAUAUCCAAAUUAUGCAAACUGCACGUGGACAAUCACUGCCGAGGAGCAGAACCGGAUACAGCUUGUUUUCCAGUCUUUUGCAUUAGAGGAAGAUUUUGAUGUAUUAUCCAUCUACGAUGGACUGCCUCAGCAGGGGAACCUGAGAACAAGGUUAACGGGUUUCCAGCUGCCUGCUCCUAUUGUGAGUACAGGGGUUGUGCUGUCCUUAUGGCUUGUGAGUGAUUAUGCGGUCAGUGCUCAAGGCUUCCAGGCAAACUAUGAAGUUCUACCAAGUCAUACGUGUGGGAACCCAGGAAGGCUGCAGAACGGCAUUCAGCAAGGGACGACGUUCAGCAUCGGGGACAAAGUGAGAUACAGCUGUAAUCCAGGCUUCUUUCUGGAAGGACACGCGUUGCUCACGUGUCACGCCAGUUCGGAAAACGGUGCCUCCUGGGAUUUUCCUCUUCCCUUCUGCAGAGCUGAUGAUGCUUGUGGAGGGACUUUAAGGGGACAGAGCGGAAUUAUCUCAAGCCCUCAUUUUCCUUUGGAGUACGGCAAUAACGCAGACUGCACGUGGACUAUUCUCGCUGAACCUGGAGACACUAUUGCCCUGGUUUUCAUGGAUUUUCAACUGGAAGAUGGAUAUGAUGUUUUAGAAGUUGCUGGAACAGAGGGAUCUUCACUCUGGUUUACCGGAAUGAAUCUGCCGGCCCCAGUUAUCAGCAGUAAAAAUUGGCUGCGGCUUCACUUCACAUCAGAUGGCAACCACAGGCAGAAGGGAUUCAGUGCCCAGUAUCAAGUCAAAAAGCAAAUGGAGCUGAAGUCCAGAGGGGUGAAGCUAAUGCCGAGCAAGGACAAUAACCAGAAGACAUCAGUGUUAACUCAGGUUGGUGUGUCCCAGGGACAUAAUAUGUGUCCAGACCCUGGGAUUCCAGAGAGAGGCAAAAGAAUAGGCAACGAUUUUAGGUUGGGCUCCAGCAUCCAGUUCACCUGUAAUGAGGGCUAUGAUUUACAAGGGUCCAAAAGCAUCACCUGUAAGAGAGUGAGCGACAUGAUUGUUGCGUGGAGUGACCACAGGCCAGUGUGCAGAGCGAGGAUGUGUGAUAUGUACCUUCGUGGUCCCAGCGGUGUGAUAACUUCUCCCAACUACCCCGUCCAAUACGAUAACAAUGCUUACUGCGUGUGGGUCAUCACGGCACUCAAUCCAGCCAAGGUUAUCAAACUCACCUUUGAAGAAUUUGAACUAGAAAGAGGAUAUGACACUCUGACAGUUGGUGAUGGAGGACAAGUUGGAGACCAGAAAUCUGUGCUUUACGUCUUGACCGGCACCACAGUCCCUGAUCUUAUCGUCAGCACACAGCACCAGAUGUGGCUCCUCUUCCAGACGGACAGUGUCAGUAACUUGCUGGGAUUCAAAGCAACAUAUGAAGAGAUCGACCAAGGGAGCUGUGGUGAUCCUGGGAUCCCGGCCUACGGCAGAAGAGAAGGAUCCAUGUUCCGACACGGGGACAGUUUGAAGUUUGAGUGCCAGCCUGCCUUUGAGUUGAAGGGACAGAAAACAAUUACCUGCCAAAAGAGUAGCCAGUGGUCUGCUCAGAAACCAGUCUGUGUUUUUUCCUGCUUUUUCAACUUCACCACCCCAUCCGGGAUUGUGCUGUCACCAAAUUACCCUGAAGAAUACGGAAGCAGCUUGCACUGUGUUUGGUUAAUUAUAGCUAAACCAGAGAGCCGAAUUCACUUGGCUUUCAAUGAUUUUGAUGUGGAGCCUCAGUUUGAUUUCCUAGCCGUGAAGGAUGGUGGGACUGCUGAAUCGCCGGUGCUGGGGACCUUCUCAGGAAACCAGAUUCCUUCCUCUCUGACCAGCAGCGGUCAUGUAGCCAGGCUGGAGUUCCAGACUGACCACUCCAUGGAGAAGAGAGGCUUCAACAUAACCUUCACUACAUUUAGGCAUAACGAGUGCCCCGACCCUGGCGUGCCUGUGAACGGAAAGCGAUUCGGUGACAGCCUCCAGCUUGGCAGCUCUGUGUCAUUCCUUUGUGACGAGGGCUUCAUUAGGACCCACGGUUCAGAAACCAUCACCUGCAUCUUGAAGGAAGGAAACGUGGUCUGGAACAAUGCAGUGCUCAGAUGUGAAGCUCCAUGUGGGGGCCACCUGACGUCCCCAAGCGGAACAAUCCUGUCUCCCGGCUGGCCUGGCUUCUACAAGGACUCCCUGAGCUGCGCCUGGGUGAUAGAGGCCCAGCCAGGCUACCCCAUCAAGAUCACGUUUGACAGGUUUAAGACUGAGGUGAAUUACGACACCCUGGAGGUGCGAGAUGGCCGGUCCUAUUCUUCCCCAUUGAUAGGUGUCUAUGAUGGGACUCAGGUGCCCCAGUUCCUCAUCAGCACCAGCAACUACCUCUACCUCCUCUUCACCACUGACAAAAGCCACUCUGACAUAGGCUUUCAGAUCCGAUAUGAAACUGUGAAGCUCCAGUCAGACCACUGCUUGGAUCCAGGGAUCCCUGUAAAUGGACAGCGCCAUGGGAAUGAUUUCUACGUGGGAGCACUGGUGACAUUCAGCUGUGAUUCAGGCUACACUCUGAGCGACAACGAAGCCCUGGAGUGUGAGCCAAACUUCCAGUGGAGCAGGCCACUGCCAAGCUGUGAGGCUUUGUGUGGAGGUUACAUUCGUGGUUCCAGUGGUACCAUCUUAUCCCCCGGCUUUCCUGAUUUUUAUCCAAAUAACUUGAACUGCACAUGGACGAUAGAAACAUCUCAUGGAAAAGGUGUGUUCUUCACCUUUCAUACCUUUCACCUGGAGAAUGGCCAUGACUACCUCCUGAUCACCGAGAACACCAGCUUUGCCCAGCCGCUGAAGCAGCUCACAGGCUCUCGGCUGCCCGCCCCACUAAGCGCAGGGCUCUUUGGAAACUUCUCUGCCCAAAUUCGCUUCAUCUCAGACUUCUCCAUGUCCUACGAGGGUUUCAACAUCACCUUCUCAGAAUACGACUUGGAGCCUUGCGAUGAGCCGGAGGUCCCAGCCUACAGCAUCAGGAAGGGCCUGCAGUUCGGCGUGGGCGACGUCCUCACCUUCUCCUGCUUCCCCGGGUACCGGCUGGAGGGCGCGUCGCGCAUCACCUGCCUCGGGGGGCGGCGGCGUGUGUGGAGUUCGCCUCUGCCAAGGUGUGUUGCUGAAUGUGGCUCAUCUGUAACUGGAACUCAAGGUGUUCUGUUGUCCCCCAACUAUCCAAUAAACUAUAACAACAACCAUGAGUGCAUCUACUCCAUCCAGACGCAGCCAGGAAAGGGGAUCCAGCUGAAAGCCAGGACUUUUGAACUGGAAGCAGGAGAUGUCCUCAAGGUCUAUGAUGGCAGCAAUAGCUCUGCUCGCCUGCUGGGUUCCUUUAGUCGCUCUGAAAUGCUUGGCACCAGCAUAAACAGCACUUCCAGCAGCAUGUGGCUUGAGUUCAUCACCAACAGCGAGAACACGAGUAAAGGCUUUGAGCUGCAGUUUUCUAGUUUUGAACUCAUCAAAUGCGAGGACCCUGGCAUCCCGCAAUUUGGCUACAAGGUCCACGAUGAAGGACACUUUGCUGGCAGCUCUGUAUCCUUUAAUUGCGACCCUGGCUAUACACUGCGAGGCAGCAGGGUGCUGGUCUGUCUGACUGGGGAGCGGAGAGCUUGGGAUCAACCCCUGCCAACCUGUGUAGCUGAGUGUGGGGGUACUAUCAAAGGAGAGUCGUCAGGACGGAUACUGUCUCCCGGAUACCCCACACCCUACGAUCAUAAUCUGAAUUGCAUUUGGACAAUAGAGGCAGAAGCUGGCUGCACAAUAGGGCUCCAUUUCAUGGUUUUCCACACUGAGGAGUUCCACGACGUGCUGAGGAUCUGGGAUGGUCCAGUGGAGAACGGAAUCCUCCUAAAGGAGAUGAGUGGGUCCAGCUUACCCAGCGAUGUCCACAGUACUUUCAAUUCCGUCAUCCUUCAGUUCAACACAGAUUUCUUCACAAGCAAGCAGGGCUUCGCUGUUCAGUUUUCAGUUUCCACUGCCACUUCCUGCAAUGACCCAGGGAUUCCUCAGAAUGGGAGCCGGAGUGGUGACAGCAAAGAGGCAGGCGACUCCAUCGUCUUCCAGUGUAAUCCAGGAUACGCUCUGCAAGGGGAGGCCAAAAUCACUUGUGUGCAGAUUGAGAACAGAUUUUUCUGGCAGCCAGACCCUCCCUCCUGCACAGCUCCCUGUGGAGGUAUCUUGACAGGACCAGCAGGAGUGAUCUUGUCCCCGCAGUACCCAGAGCCCUACCCACCGGGGAAGGAGUGUGACUGGAAGCUGACCGUCUCUCCUGACUAUGUCAUUGCCUUGGUAUUUAAUAUCUUCAGUUUGGAACCUGGCUAUGAUUUCCUUCAUAUUUAUGAUGGACCCGAUUCACUCAGCCCCCUGAUUGGAAGCUUUUAUGGCUCCCAGCUACCCGAGAGGAUAGAGAGCAGCAGUAACAGCCUCUUCCUUGCUUUCCGAAGCGAUGCAUCUGUCAGCAACACUGGAUUUGUCAUUGACUACACAGAAAAUCCCAGGGAGUCCUGCUUUGAUCCUGGCUCAAUUAAGAAUGGUACACGGGUGGGUACGGAUCUGAAACUGGGAUCCACCAUUACCUACUACUGUGAUGGCGGGUAUGAUAUUGAAGGGGUCUCCACGCUGACGUGCAUAAUGGGAGAAGAUGGAAAACCCACGUGGAACAAACCUCGACCUACCUGUACAGCACCCUGUGGCGGUCAGUACACAGGCUCAGACGGCGUAGUCCUUUCUCCAAAUUACCCCCAGAAUUACACCAGUGGACAAGUCUGCUUGUACUUCAUCGUUGUGCCAAAGGACUACGUGGUCUUUGGGCAGUUUGCCUUCUUCCAGACGGCGCUGAACGAUGUCAUUGAAGUCCACGAUGGCCCCAACCAGCAUUCCCGGCUCCUCAGCUCCCUCUCAGGAUCUCAUACAGGUGAAUCACUACCAUUAGCUACCACCAACCAGAUUCUUAUCAAAUUUAGUUCCAAGGGUCAAUCUACAGCCAAAGGUUUUCAUUUUGUCUACCAAGCGGUUCCUCGGACCAGUGCCACCCAGUGCAGCUCAGUCCCGGAGCCACGCUACGGCCGGCGGCUGGGCAGCGACUUCGCGGUGGGGGCCGUGGUGCGCUUCGAGUGCAGCGCUGGCUACGCUCUGCAGGGCACCCGCAGCAUCGAGUGCCUCACCAUGCCCGGCGCGCUGGCUCAGUGGAACGUUUCUGUGCCCACCUGUGUGGUGCCAUGUGGCGGAAAUUUGACUGAACGCAAAGGCACCAUCCUCUCCCCUGGCUUUCCUGAGCCGUACCUGAAUAGUCUCAACUGUGUGUGGAAGAUAACAGUCCCCGAAGGAGCAGGAAUACAGAUUCAGGUGAUCAGUUUUGUCACUGAGCAGAACUGGGAUUCCCUGGAAGUGUUUGAUGGAGGAGAUAACACAGCCACUAUGCUGGGAAGCUUCUCUGGAACUACAGUGCCUGCGUUGCUGAACAGCACUUCAAACCAGCUCUAUCUGCAUUUCUAUUCGGAUAUCAGCGUCUCUGCUGCUGGCUUUCACCUGGAAUACAAAACCGUCGGUCUGUCCAGCUGCCCCGAGCCCCCAGUUCCCGGAAAUGGCCUCAAGAUUGGGGAGCGCUAUUUAGUGAACGACGUCGUCUCCUUCCAGUGCGAACCAGGCUACGCCCUCCAGGGACACUCUCACAUUUCGUGCAUGCCAGGCACCGUCCGGCGCUGGAAUUACCCCCCUCCACUUUGCAUCGCCCAAUGUGGAGGAACAGCUGAAGAGAUGGAAGGAGUGCUCCUGAGCCCAGGGUUUCCAGGAAACUACCCCAGCAAUCUGGACUGCACCUGGAGGAUAUUGCUGCCAGUGGGGUUUGGUGCUCACAUCCAGUUCCUAAACUUCUCCACUGAGCCAAAUCACGACUUUGUUGAAAUCCGCAACGGGCCGUAUGACACCAGUAACGUCAUCGGGCGGUUCAGUGGCACCGAAAUCCCGGGCUCCCUCCUGUCCACGUCUCAUGAAACCACCGUGUAUUUCCACAGCGACCACUCGCAGAACAAGCCAGGCUUCAAGCUGGAAUACCAAGCCUACGAGCUGCAGGAAUGCCCUGACCCAGAACCUUUUGCCAACGGCGUUGUGAGAGGAGCUGGUUACAACGUUGGCCAGUCCAUCUCUUUUGAGUGUCUGCCUGGGUACCAGCUGAUCGGGCACCCUGUCCUGACGUGUCAGCACGGCACCAACAGGAACUGGGAUCACCCGUUGCCCAGGUGUGAAGUGCCUUGUGGGGGCAACGUCACCACCCAGAACGGUACGGUUUACUCUCCUGGCUUCCCCAACCAGUACCCCAAUUCCCAGGACUGCACUUGGCUCCUUACGGUGCCUGUGGGCUAUGGGAUCCAUCUCAACUUCACUCUGCUGCAAACAGAGCCCUACAAUGAUUUCAUCACGAUUUGGGAUGGUCCACAGCAAACAGCCCCACAGCUUGGUGUGUUCACUGGCAACUCUGCUAAGAAGUCAGCCCAAAGCUCUUCCAACCAGGUCCUGAUGAAAUUCCACAGCGAUGCAGCCAAUGGGGGGAUUUUUGCCAUUUAUUUCUAUGCCUACCAGCUCUUCAGAUGUCAGCCUCCGACCAUCGUUCCCAAUGCAGAAGUCAUCACCGAGAAUGAAGAAUUUAACAUAGGUGACAUCGUGAGGUACAGAUGUCUGCCUGGCUUUACGUUGAUAGGAAAUGAAAUCCUGACCUGCAAGCUAGGCACCCAUCUUCAGUUUGAAGGACCCCCACCCACCUGUGAAGUGCCUUGCCCGAUGAAUGAGGUUAUGACAGACUCCACCGGCGUGAUCCUCAGCCAGAGCUUCCUGGGAAGUUACCCCCACUUUCAGACCUGUUCUUGGGUGGUCAAGGUAGAGCCCGGAUAUAACAUCUCCCUCACCAUCGAGUAUUUCCUCAGUGAGAAGCAAUACGACGAGUUUGAAAUCUUUGAUGGUCCCUCUGGCCAGAGCCCACUGCUCUUGUCACUGAGUGGGAACUACUCUGCUCCUCUGACUGUUACCAGCAGUGGGAACAAAGUCUAUCUCCGUUGGUCCUCUGAUCAUGCCUACAACAGAAAAGGCUUCAAAAUCCGGUACUUCGCUCCGUACUGCAGCCUCCCGCAGCCGCCAGCCCACGGGCUGAUUCUCAGCCAGACGGGUCUGCACCCCGGCAGCACAGUUCGCUUCGGAUGUGACACGGGCUAUCGUCUUGUUGGCCACAGCACCACCACCUGCUCCCAGCACCCCCAAGGCUACUUCCACUGGAACGAAGCAAUCCCUCUGUGCCAAGCUCUUUCCUGUGGCGUUCCCAGAGCACCAAAGAACGGCAUCGUCUUUGGCAAGGAGUACACAGUGGGUACGAAAGCUAUGUACCACUGCAACCAGGGCUUUCAGCUGCAGCCUGGGGAGGAGCCCAGCACCGAGUGCCUGCAGGCAGGGCAGUGGAGUAACGGCAACCAGCCCCCACAGUGCGUGGCUGUCACCUGUCCCGAUAUCAACAGCAUCGCAGUUGAGCACGGUCGGUGGCGGCUGACCUACGAGAUCCAGUACCACUACAACGCCCAGCUCAUGCUCAUCUGUGACCCGGGCUACUACUACACAGGCCAGCGGGUCAUCAGGUGCCAAGCCAACGGGAAGUGGAGCAUAGGCGAACCGAUGCCGACCUGUAAAAUUAUCUCUUGUGGAGAUCUGCCAACUCCUCCUAACGGCAACAAGAUCGGCACGCUGACCAGCUACGGUGCCACAGCCAUCUUCUCCUGCAAUACUGGCUACACCCUGGUAGGGUCCCGCGUGCGGGAGUGCAUGGCCAACGGACUUUGGAGUGGAGCCGAAGUGAAAUGUCUGGCUGGGCACUGCGGUGUUCCCAGUCCCAUCGUCAACGGGCAGAUCAAUGGGGAGAAUUACAACUACCGCGGCAGCGUGGUUUAUCAGUGCAACCCCGGCUUCCGCCUGAUCGGGAUGUCUGUGCGCAUCUGCCAGCAGGACCACCACUGGUCUGGGAAGACUCCUGUCUGUGUGCCCAUCACCUGCGGCCACCCUGGCAACCCUGCCAAUGGCUUGACCCAAGGGAGUCAGUUCAACCUGAACGAUGUGGCCAAGUUUGUGUGCAACACUGGGUACCAUCUGGAAGGGGCAUCACAGUCCCAGUGCCUGGCCAACGGGCAGUGGAGCAGCAGCCUGCCUGCCUGCCGAGUUAUAAACUGUACUGACCCCGGGCACCUGGAAAACAGCAUCCGUCAAGUGCAGCCAAGUGGUCCUCACAGAUUCAGCUUUGGAACAACUGUCUCAUAUCAGUGCAGCCAUGGAUAUUACUUAUUGGGUACCCAUGUACUGACCUGUCAGGGGGAUGGCACUUGGGACCGUGCCCUCCCACAGUGUCUUUUGGUCUCUUGUGGGCACCCGGGCUCCCCGCCGCAUGCCCAGAUCUCAGGUGACAAGUACACCGUCGGCUCCGUGGUCCGGUACAGCUGCCUCGGGAAGCGGACUCUGAUCGGCAACUCCACUCGCAUGUGCCAGCUCGACGGGCGCUGGAGCGGCUCCCUGCCGCACUGCUCAGGAGGCAGCCAGGGCGUGUGCGGUGACCCCGGGAUCCCGUCUCAUGGCAUUGGGCUGGGAGAUGAGUUUGAUGUAGACAGCAUGGUCCGCUUCAGCUGCGAGCCUGGGUACACGCUCCGGGGUUCAUCCGAGAGGACCUGCCAAGCCAACGGCUCCUGGAGCGGCACACAGCCCGAAUGUGAAGUUAUAUCCUGUGGAAACCCAGGGACCCCCAGCAACGCGAAGGUUAUAUUUAACGAUGGCUUGAUCUUCUCCAGCUCCAUUAUCUACCAGUGCCGGGAAGGCUACUAUUCCACAGGGGUGCUGAGCAGGCACUGCACCGUGAACGGGACGUGGACCGGGACCACUCCAGAGUGUACAGUGAUCAACUGCGGUGACCCCGGUGUCCCAGCCAAUGGCAUUAGGCUGGGCGGUGAUUUUACCUACAAUAAAACAGUGGUGUUCCAGUGCACGCCUGGCUACAUGAUGGAGUCAGACAGGGCAUCCUCUCUAACGUGCACAAAAGACCGAACCUGGAACGGCACCAAACCUGCCUGCAAGGCUAUCAUCUGUAAAUCCCCACAAGCCAUCCCUAACGGCAAAGUCGUGGGCUCGGAUUUCAGCUGGGGCUCCAGCGUGAGCUAUGCCUGCCUGGAAGGGUACCAGCUCUCCCUGCCCGCUGUGCUUACCUGCGAGGGGAAUGGGACGUGGAGUGGAGAAAUUCCCCAGUGCUUCCCUGUGUUCUGCGGUGAUCCUGGGAUACCCGCUCAAGGCAGGCGGGAGGACAGAGGCUUCACAUACCGCUCAUCCGUCUCCUUCUCCUGCUUGCCCCCCCUGGUGCUGGUGGGAUCAGCGCGGAGGUUCUGCCAGUCUGACGGGACGUGGAGCGGGACCCAGCCCAGCUGCAUAGACCCGAGCCUCACGACGUGCGCAGACCCCGGUGUGCCUCUCUUUGGGAUGCAGAACAACUCCCAGGGCUACCAGGUGGGAAGCGUAAUUUUCUUCAAGUGCCAGAAGGGGUACCUGCUGCAGGGCUCAACCACCCGGACCUGCCUCCCCAACCUGACGUGGAGCGGCGUGCAGCCGGACUGCGUCCCUCACCACUGUAAGCAGCCAGAAACCCCCUCCCACGCCAACGUUGGGGCUCUGGAUUUGCCAUCCCUGGGCUACACCCUGAUCUAUUCCUGUCAGAACGGGUACUAUCUCACUGGAGGAUCUGAGCAUCGAACCUGCAAAGCAGAUGGCAGCUGGACAGGAAAACCACCCAUUUGCCUUGCUGAUAUCCGCCCCAGCGGAAGGCCAGUUGGCACCGCGCGGGACCCGCCACUCGCCAAGGUGUCAGUGCCUGCUGAUGUGUUUGCAAGAAAUUCCCUUUGGAAAGGCUCCUAUGAAUACAUGGGGAAGAAGCAGCCUGCGAUGCUGUCUGUCACCAGCUUCGACCCUGUCACCAGUAAAGUUAAUGCCACUUUAAUAGACCACAGCGGUGUGGAGCUCCAGGUGUCUGGCAUUUACAAGAAAGAAGACGUGCACCUGCUUCUCCAGGUUUAUCAGAUAAUGGGGCCAGUGGAGAUCUUUUUAAACAAGUUCAAAAAUGAUAAAUGGGCUCUAGAUGGACAUGUCUCAUCAGAGUCGUCAAGUGGCACGUUUGUGUACCAGGGCUUUGUGCGUGGCAAAGGGUUCGGGCAGUUUGGUCUUCAGAGACUGGACAUCAGCAUGAUGGAAAAUGAUCCAGAAUCAAUAGGACACCAUUUUGCAUCAAACAGCAGUUCUGUGGCAGCUGCCAUUCUUGUGCCUUUCAUAGCCCUGAUUAUUGCAGGGUUCGUGCUUUAUCUGUACAAACACAGGAGAAGACCAAAAGUCCCAUUCAAUGGCUAUGCAGGCCAUGAAAACACCAACGUCCGAGCAACAUUUGAAAACCCUAUGUAUGACCGAAACCUGCAGCCCACGGACAUCAUGGCCAACGAGACGGAGUUCACAGUCAGCACUGUGUGCACAGCUGUAUAGCACUCGUCCCCAUGCGACUCCUCCGGGUUGGUAUCUAGCGGAUGAUUGUGUUUCACCUCACUAGCCUCCAUCCAUUCCCUCCCAUCUCCCUCCUCCCAACCGUGUUGAGGCUGUGGAGAAGCUGCUACACCUUGUUGGACUUUGUGUUAACUCCCGAGAGACUGCUGGGUUGUCCUCUGUCGUCCUCAUCCUCCCUCUGCAUCCUGCCGUGGACAACGGAGCCAAGCAAAGGUCUGCUCCAGCACAGCUCCUCUUCUCCUGCACUCCCGGUGGGUUUCAGCCCAAUGUCAAGGCCUGGGGAAGUGGAGGACCUGGGAAUUGAGGUGGUGGGAUCGAUACGCUGCAGGGAGCAGCGGGGUAUGUGGGGUCCCCUCCACUUUUGGGGGGAGCUUGGACAGGAAGGACAAAUGCAGGUUGCACUGCACGAGGUGCAGCUUGGGGUUCAUGGGAAAUACCAGGAUGGGGGAAGGUGAAUACUUGAUUUGUCUUUAUCUGGUUGUGUGGGUUAUUUGUCGGUUUGUCUAAGCAGACGUUUUCAAAUGGGAUCUUCUCAAGCUUUUUUCCUCUGUAUUUAAUUUUCCUUUGUAUGUUCUUGUUGGGUUUCUACUGCCCCCGUGUUCAUCAUUGACACUGUCUCUUUGAACCUGAGGCUGCUUUCAAGGCUGAUAAGGAAACUUCCCUCCACCUCUGGCCUUCUCCUGGUGACUGCCGAUUUUAGCCAUUCCCAAACACCCUAAUAAGAAAACUGCUGACAGACACGAAGGGACAAAAACCUCUUUAAAAAUAACUAUAACAAAUAAUGGAGCCCCCACACACACCAGUAGCAUUCAGAAGCCUUUGCCCUUUCCAUAUUGAUCCUCCAAAUGGCAAUGCAAUAAGAGUUUUAAUUUCUAUCCAAAGCUCUUCCCUUUAUUUCCCAGGAGCAGAAAGGUUGGCUUGGCUUUCAUGAGAACAGAUAAGGCGGCUUGACAUUUUUCCUCCCUUAUAAACGAACGAUGUUUUUGUGAUGACACUUUCCUCCUCUAAUAAAGAGGAGAGCUGCUCUUGUUGAUUUAGGGGUUUAGUCUGUUUGGUUUGAGUCACUGUUUCUUACACCAGACAAGAGUCAAAGAAGGCAACAGUACCAUUUUACCAAACUGUGUCAAGCACCUCUCUGAAAUACAGUUGACUUAGAGCAGUAAGUCAAUGAAGCAUCUUUUUCUUACAGAAAACUUGAUGGGAGAAUAAUUAAAACAAAAGGGGUGGUGUUUACAUCCAUGCUUGCAUUUAAACACUGGCUCUCCCCUACCUAACGUCAGCUGAGGUUUUGUCUAAUGAAAACCACAGGGUAGUUUUUUCUGUUUUGUUUAUUCGUUUGCUGUGUGUGUGCGUGUGUAUAUGUAUAAAUAUAUAUUAUUUUUUUUACUUCUGUCUCUUAUUCAGCACUCUUAGAGUAAGCAGCGUUCUACAGCCUAUUUGCUCACCAGCCAGCCUGCCAAAAAAUGCCGUCUUUGCUCCCCAAAGCACUGCAGAGGCACUCUGAUUUAUUCCUCAGAGGUGGGUGGAAGCACACGUGCGAGCCAGAGCCCUGAUCCAACGAGGAUGAAAGUCAGGUGCUGCCACACAGAGGUGGGUGCACAGGUAGCUCAUGGCCAGUGUUGGACCUUGACAGAGCGAGUCCUGCAGCAAGCCACACUCCCAGCUCGUGCCAAAUAUGCAGGUGGAGGCAGUUGCAGCCCUCCAUGGCUGUGGGGAUAUGUUCCUCCGGGUAGUCAGGAUGUGCUGGCAGGGCGCGUGCCCCUCCCAGAGCACCUCCAGCAGGACACAGACCUCAGGGCAAGCUGAAGGGGAGGUGAGAGGAGGGGACCCCAGGUAGGCUGCAGUGGCACUUGGGGCCUGGAGCCAGGAACACAUCUGCCGCAGUUCGUCUGCUUCAGUCGAGCUGCUGUGGUGAAGUCAGGGAGCUGCCUCUCACGCACACGGAUGUAACUGAGAUCAGGAUAUUCUCCAGGUUCCUGCUUCUGUGUGCAGAGAGACAGCUGGUUCCUGACUUCACACCUGCGCUUCUGGCCCGUAGUUGACUUCAAAGGCCCCUUCUAGCCACAUUUUUAAUAUUACACCUGCCCUUGGCCAAACCUACAGCCUUUUCUUCCCUGCCUUUGCCUAGUCCCCGUGCCACAGCAAACAGACCAGGCUCUCUUGCAUGGCAAAUGAUAGAAUCAUAGAUCCUGAAAUCAAACAAAUCGUGAAGGCAGCACCCUGUGGUAGUCCACUGUGCUCUGGUGCCAUUGAUUGCAACAUCCCAGCUCCUCUCUCAGUACCCACAACUCCAGCACCUUGCAGCAUCCCCCAGCAGCAGCAGCAGAGCUUGGAUCUCACCAGGCUCCUGCCGCUGAGCUGCAGAAGAACCUCUCCUGGCUGCCAGCAGUGCCCAGCCCCUGGCAUGCACUGAGCAGCUCAGGCAGAGGGGAGCGAUGUACGCACACAACAGGUCCCACAUUUGCUUUUCAGACCUUUCCAAAUCCUACUCAGUCAAAGUAAUAACAAGGAGAAGCUUGUGUCAAGGUGUGUAAAAUGAGCCCAAGGUAUUUUAACAGCAAGGUAGGGAGAAUGGGAGCUGUACUUAAACGAGACUUGCUGCUUUCAGCCUAUUAUGUACCAUUUUCUACUGUUGCCCAAGCAACAAAGGCAGUGGAGGGGGUCUUGUCCCAUUUUUUUGCAAGCUGGCUGGGACCUGAUACGUGACAUUCUUCAUUCUUGCGCCCAGAGGACUUGCAUUAUGUUUAAAAAAGAAAAGAAAAAAAAAAAGAAAAAAAUAAAGAAAAAAUAAAGAAAAAAAUCCUUCUUUUGUACAGAGAUAUAUUUUUAUGAAGCAAAAGUUUGUACAGUAAAGACACAAUGUAAAUGUUUUUUCAUUAUUGUAGUAAACAGUAGUGGAAGAUCAGCUUUUUUUUGUAAAUGUAAUAAAAUGUAUAAAUAUGGUUUACAUAAAAGUGUAAAUAUGUAAUCUAUACAUACACUUGGCUUGUCUGCAAUAUAUACAAUUUAAUUUAUCUGUCUCUGUAUAUGAGGCUUUUCAUUGUGUCCAGGCAUACUUUACUGAAUUUGAAAGCUAUUUUAAAUUUUUGAAUUAAAAUAAAAUAUAAAUUUUUGCAUUGCUUUUCUUA